UGAUAGUAUUUCUUUGUACAUUUGUUCAACAAACCCUAACUUUCACUAAAUUCCAUAUCCCUUUUGUUUUUUUUUUCCUCAAAUUUAUUCAUUUUCUAAUUUUUGCUGUAUUUCAAUCAAAAAGUUGUUGAAGAAUUCAAAUUAGUGUAUUGGGGUUUCUUGAAUUUAAGUGAAAGUAGAGAUGAUGUUUAGUUUGGUAGUAAAGAAUACCAGUAGUUGCUAAGGUAAAAGAAAAAAAAAAGAAUUUAAGAGUAUUGGGGUUUGUUGAAUUUUAAGUGAAAGUAGAUAUGAUGUUUAGUUUGGGAGUAAGGAAUACUAGUAGUUGCUGAAAAAAGAAAAAAGAAAAAAGGAUUUAAGAGUAUAUUAUUAUACAUUUAAAAAGAGAGGAAAUGGUGGAUGAGAGUGCUGGAUUAAGUGCUAAUAACAAAGGAACUGGAAAUGAAGAUGAGGGUAACACGUCGCCUAUUCCUAAGACGGUGCAAGUAGGAAUGUCGCCAGUUUAUCAGGUUGGAAGGAAGUUAGGUAAAGGUGGUUUUGGUCAGGUCUUUUUGGGUCGUCGUGUUUCUGAUGGAGAUGAACCUUCAAAUGGUCAAGGGGCUGUUGAGGUUGCACUGAAAUUUGAGCAUAGAAAUAGCAAAGGCUGUAGCUGUGGACCUCCAAAUGAGUGGCAAGUUUACAAUACUGUUGGAGGCAGCCAUGGAGUGCCUAGAGUGCAUUAUAAAGGGAGGGUAGGAGACUAUUAUGUAAUGGUUAUGGACAUCCUAGGACCUAGCUUAUGGGAUGUAUGGAAUUCCUCUGGGCAGGCGAUGUCUGCAGAAAUGGUAGCAUGUAUUGCAGUUGAAUCUCUGACAAUUUUAAACAUAAUGCAUGCGCACGGUUAUGUGCAUGGAGAUGUAAAGCCAGAGAACUUUUUGCUUGGUCAGCCAUCAACACUGCAGGAGAAGAGGUUGUUUCUAGUCGACUUGGGACUAGCAACAAAGUGGAGAGAAAUUGUGAAAGGUCCGCAUGUGGUAUAUGAUCAGCGACCUGACAUGUUUAGAGGGACUGUUCGAUAUGCAAGUGCUCAUGCGCACAUGGGAAGGACUGCCAGUAGAAGAGAUGAUCUGGAGUCACUUGCAUAUACACUCAUUUUUCUUCACCGAGGAAGGUUGCCAUGGCAAGGAUUUCAGGGAGAUAACAAAUCAUUCUUGGUCUGCAAAAAGAAGAUGUCAACGUCCCCAGAAAUGCUUUGCUGCUUCUGUCCACCACCUCUGAGAGAAUUUCUCGAUACAGUAAUAAACUUGAAAUUUGAUGAAGAACCUAAUUAUUCAAAGUUAACCUCUUUAUUUGGGAGCUUGCUUGGACCUGAUCCUGCAAUAAGGCCAAUUAACACUAAUGGUGCCCAAAAGAUGUUUCAAGUUGGCCAAAAGCGGGGGAGAUUAAAUCAAGAGGAGGAUGAAGAGCAGCCUAGAAAGAAGGUUCGCAUGGGAGUUCCUGCAACACAGUGGAUUUCAAUUUACAACGCCAAAAAGCCCAUGAAACAGAGGUACCAUUAUAAUGUAACAGAUGCAAGGUUGGCAGAGCAUGUGGAGAAAGGGACCGAUGAUGGACUAUAUAUAAGUUGUGUGGCAUCUUGUUCUGGCUUGUGGGCUAUUAUCAUGGAUGCUGGAACUAAUUUCACAAGCCAAGUUUAUGAGCUAUCACCAUUGUUCUUGCACAAGGAGUGGAUUAUGGAACAGUGGGAGAAGAACUAUUAUAUUAGUUCUCUUGCUGGUGUCACCAAUGGAAGCUCUCUUGUUGUAAUGUCAAAAGGCACACAGUUCAGUCAGCAGUCUUAUAAAGUAAGUGAGUCAUUCCCGUUCAAGUGGAUAAGCAAGAAGUGGAAAGAAGGGUUCCAUGUAACCUCCAUGGCAACUGCUGGAAGUAGGUGGGCGGUUGUUAUGUCUCGCAAUUCAGGUGUCAGUAACCAGGUAGUGGAACUUGAUUUUCUUUAUCCAAGUGAAGGCAUUCAUAAACGAUGGGACAAAGGUUAUCGUAUUACAGCAACAGCUGCUACAUUAGAUCAAACUGCAGUUAUCCUGAGUGUGCCUCGACGAAAGCCUGGCGAUGAGACUCAGGAAACAUUGAGAACAUCUCAGUUUCCAAGCACACAUGUCAAGGAAAAGUGGGCAAAAAAUCUUUAUCUUUCCUGUCUGUGCUAUGGACGAACUGUAUCAUGAGAAGAUGCAAAAUCUGACAUUGGAUGUUUUUCGUUCACCCCUUUUUUAGCUGUUCUUUUCCUUUUUCUCUCAUUGUCAAUUGUAAAAAGUGGUUGAUUCAAUUAUUAUGCAUUGGAAAUUUUGAUUAUGGUGGCACUUGCGUCGUUUAACUUGUUUGAAUAGCGCUAGCCUUUUGGUAAACUUUCUUAUAUCUUAUGUAUAUACCAUUAACAGCACAAAAUUCCAAAUUUGUGAAUCCGUCAUAUCCAUUCUGUUCAGUGCAAUUCAUUUCA